AUGGUGCUGAUCGCGGCCGGAGUGUUCUCGAAAUCGGGCAAAGCCCUCGUGGCCCGUCAAUUCGUCACCGACAUGACGAGAGCCCGUCUUGAAGGCCUUCUCGACGCCUUCCCCAAGCUUAUCGGCAAUGAUAAAGAUGCUGGUGAGCUAAUUUCACUAAUAAAGUAUAAAAAAUACUGCUCUUUCAGCAUCUCGUCAGCACACAUUUGUCGAAACGGAAAGCGUCCGGUACGUCUAUCACCCGCUGGACAACAUUUACGUGGUGCUGAUCACCACAAAAAACUCGAACAUUCUGGAGGAUCUCGAGACGUUGCGUCUGUUCUCGCGCGUCAUUCCCGAAUAUUGUCGAUCGAACGACGAAAAGGAGAUCCUGGCCCACGAUUUCGAUCUGAUUUUCGCGUUCGACGAGGUCGUCACGCUCGGCUAUCGUGAAUCGGUGAAUCUGGCGCAAAUUCGCACUUUUACCGAGAUGGACUCGCACGAGGAGCGCGUCUUUAUGCAGAUCAAGGAGGCGCAGGAGAAGGCGGCGAAGCAGGCGAUGGCCGAGAAGGCGAAAGAGCUGAAGCGGGCGCAGAAGGAGGCGUUGAGCCGCGGGUUGAAGCCCAGUUAUCAGUCAUCCACCGGCAUUUCGUCCUCUUCCAUUCCGACCGCCGCGGCCGUCCAGGAACCAGUGGUUCCACGUCCCACAGCGCCGAAAGGACCGAUCGGCGGAGGAAAGGCGCUGAAAUUGGGCGGGAAAACGAACGACGAGGACACGUUUUUGAACACUCUUCGCCAACAGGGACAGUCGAUCGCCCCAGUGGAGAAGGCGUUGGGUGGAGCAAGUUCCGGAGCAUCUUCUUUGAAUUCGGCCAGUGCUCCGCGCGUGAAAAGAGAGGCGGUGCACGUGCGCACCGAGGAGAAGAUCAACGCGCGCGUGAGCCGCGACGGAGGACUCGAAGCCGGAGAAGUACUCGCCACGGUUUCGCUCUCAGUCGCCUCGCCGGACCUAAAUUCAGUGGCGGUCCGAAUGAAUAAUGGGUCGAACGGCGUCGCGGCGCUGCAAGUCCAUCCGAAUCUCGAUAAAAAGGAGUGGCAGACGACGGGCGUGCUCAAACUGAAGUCCAAUGGGAAACCGUAUCCGGUGAACAGCGACGUCGGCAUUCUCAAGUGGAAAAUGGUGUUGGCCGAGGAGGAGCAGUUGCCCAUUUCGUGUACGUUUCAGAUUGAGCUUUCCUGAUUUGUAGUCUUUGUUACUUACAUUUUUUAACCCUUCAAAAACAACGAUUUUUCAGUGAAUUGCUGGCCGCAAGAGUCUGCCGACGGAGUACAAGUGAACAUUGAGUACACGCUUCAGAGAGAGGACAUCACACUUCAGAACGUCCGAAUUAUUGUGCCACUUCCGUGAGUUUUGCCAGAAAAAUAAGCAAAAAUAAACUCGUUUUCCUUGCAGAGCAGCAACGGCGCCGGUGGUGGGCGAAUGCGAGGGAUCGUACGAGUACCUCCGUCCGAAGAACGUGAUCGUCUGGUCGAUGCCGGUGAUCGACGCGUCCAACCCGUCGGGAACGCUCGAAUUCACGGUGCCCAACGGCCACUCGGACCACUUUUUCCCCGUCUCCGUCGGAUUCACCUCCGAGAAUCUGUUCGUGCCGAUCACUGUGCAGGAGGUGGUCAGAUCGGACGGAUCGGCGGUCCCCUGGUCCGCGGAGGCCACUUUCAACGCGGAUAACUUUGAAAUUGUUUAA